AUGAAUAAUACCAUUGAUUUUACCUUACCUGCUCAAAUUAUUAUUACAAUUGAAGGAAUAUUUGGCACAAUAUUCAAUAUUGUGGCUAUCACUGUUGUGUUCACUUCACAAUUCGGUUCAAAAUUUACUACAUUUGUAUUUAGAGCACAACCAAUAUUUGAUUUAAGUGCAUGUUUCGUAACAACAAUAUAUUAUAUCAUUCAAUUUACUAAAGGUUAUGAUAAACCUACAGGAUUAUAUAUUAUUGAUAUAAUUUUAUGCCAUUUUUGGUUUCAGAAUUCACUAUUCUGGUUGCCAUGUAUCUUAAGUGUGCAAAAUCUGGUUUGUAUAUCAUUGGACCGAGUGAGUUCUGUCAUAUUUCUUAGAUCACUUAAAUCAUAUACGAAAAAGUUCUUUAUAAUAUACUUUGUAUAUAUGGUUUCUAUGGUUUUGGUUUUAUAUAUCCCUACACCACUUCUUCGUCGAUAUACUGAUAAUCGUUGUGUAAUGGAUUUUUCUGUUCCAUGGAUCGAUACAAAUGCAUUUGUUGAGUAUUUUGUAUAUUCCUGGGUUAUAUUUGCUUAUUAUGUACCCGUUCUAGUCAUGCUCAUCAGUCAUGCUUGGGUAAUACAUACUUUAAGAGGACAUAACUCAUCUCGUCAUUUUUUAUCACGUGAUAUGCAGUCUAAUUUACAAAUUAAACGUAGAAUAAGUCAACUUGUAAUCACCACGUCAAUUUUGUCUAUUCAGCAAACUGUUUUACACUUUUUUGAAUGUAUAGGUCAAAUAUUGGAAGUAACCGGAAUUUUUCGAUAUAGCUUUGACAGUCCAAUUGAACAAAUGAGUACAUUACUUAUAUUAUUGGGAUAUAUGUCAAAUCCAUGUAUUCUUGUUUUUAGUACAGCUGUAUUAAGAAGACGUUUGUCGUUAUUACUCAAAAGCCUAACAGAAAAAAUAACCAACAUUACAAUAAUCAAGCUACACUCAAAUUGAUCGACACAAAAAGUACAUUCGCACUAUACAUAUCAAGGGAAUAUAUAACAAUAUUGUGAUGUUUUGUACAAUGAGUUGACAAAUUCACUUUUUACACUUAUUUAGAUGAAUGUGUUAUUUUUGAAACUUAUUUAUCCUCUAUAAUAUUCUCUCUACAAUUAACUAACUAUUUACUCAUCUAUUUACCGAUAACCAAUAUGAUUCUUUGCCAACUGUCCUAAUAAAAAAGAAGAUAUUCUAUCAUCCUUUAGAUCCAUGGUCAAACACUAUACAUCAGUAUAUUCAAAUUAAAAUGUUUAAUUUUAUGCAGAAAUAGUUUCGAGAUUAAUUUGUAG